GCUCAUGCGCCCAGCACGAGCUCUGUUUUCACUGGGCUGGAGCUGCGGCCCCUGCAAAGCCGGCGAGCCGGGAACCAGCCGCUUCGGCUGCACCAGGCGCGGCGCACAAGCGUCGCCGGGGCUCCUGCCGCGGGUGGAACGAGCGGCAGCGGGGAGGUCACGUGAGCCAUUUCAAAUCGCCGCCCGCCCGCGCGCGCGCCUGGCCCGGCCGAGCGCGGCGCGGGGCGGGGCGCGGGCUGGAGGCGGUUGGUGCCGCGCGGCGCUGGGGCCGGCUCCUUGCGAAGCGGGGGAGGGGGAAUCUGGUUUACGUUUAAAAAAAAAAAAAAAACCACAAAACCGUCCCGCUGCAUUUUCCAGACGUCCCGAGCCUGCCCUGCGGAAAGCCCCGUGCAGAGCCCCCUCUCCGCCCCCCCCCGCCCGGGGGCCCUGUUGGCGAUGUAGGCGCGGUCGGUUCUGCCCUGGUGGUGGGGCUGCUGCUGGCUGGGAGGCUGGACUGGCUCUGCUAGAAACCUCUGCAAGUUCCACUGGGAAACCUGAGUCCAUGCAGGACUCUUCAACCAUGGCGUCUCAGGAGGCUGCGGAUACAUCUUUUUUCUCCCUAAGUGGUGUUAGAGAACGGAUGAGGGAGAAGAAAAAUGGUGCUUUAAAGACAGCAAAGCUGAAUGCUUCCCUUGUAUCAAAAAUCAAAACAAAAAUAAUAAACAACUCUUCUAUAGUUAAGGUCUCCUUAAAACGCAAUAAUAAAGCUCUGGCACUGGCCCUCAGCGCCGAGAAGGCGAAUAGCCAGAGGCUCGUCUUUGAGAAGAUGUUACUGCAGAAAGAAGUGGAGCAAUGUCACUUCCAGAAUGCUACGCUUCGGCAAAGACUGUAUUUUCUGAAUAAAACCCUCAAACAACUGGAAGCAUUUCUGAAUGGUAACCUGCUGACGGCCAUAAAGAUGAGCAGACCUUCCGAGUACCGUUCAAGUUCUCUGCUGUUAGCUGCGGGACAGCACCACAGCAUCGUGGAGGGCAGCUGGACUGAUGAUCUCACAGAUGCACAACUUGGGGUCUCUCCACUUGCUAGAAUGGCAGCGAUGCCGAUGAGGGUCCCAGUGUGUGAAGUAUAUGACGGGAAAAGGCGCCGAGGCAGUAGCUCUGAGAGCGUGCAGACGUUCCCGCUAGGGCUCCAGACAUCCAUUCCAGAGCAGCUGGGUAAAAGCACAACCAUCACCUCGUCCCAGCUCGUGGAGGAGCCGUUAGCAAGCCGGGAGAAAAACGGGCAGAGGUCGAGCAAAGGAGGUGAACCGGAACCUGCCUUUCUUGACUCUCAUCUGAUUUUUGGAGAAUCCUCAUCAUGCACCCCACAAAGUUCCGAAAGUUUCCCAAUACCUACUCUGGCUAAUAAUCUUUCUCGGCCGCAAUGUGAGAAGAUUACAAGACCAUGUAGUGAUAGUCUGGUACACCUGCAUGGACACGUAACUGAAAGGAAGAAACGUGUCACUGUCUUUAUGACGAGUACUCCAUCUUCUGCAGUGGACUUUCACCUAGAUACCAACUCAAAUCGUGCCUCCAAAUGGAGCGUUGGUGGGGACAGCUGUGCCAGUAAAACAAGCAUUCCGGUCAAAUCGAACUCUCUCCAUCUCUUGGAUUUGCCUUCGGAGCCCGAUAGCGAUCCUAAAACAGAAUCCCCAGAUAAAGGGCUUCCCCGUGACCUGCUGCAGCCUGAAGAGACUCUGUGCGAUGCUGAAGUGGAUCAUAAUUUCAGCCGAGUCGCUGAGUUUAUUACAUUAGAAGCCAAAAGUCAAAGUAAUGGCCAAGCCAAAGCCGCUGAAACUACAAUUGUCAAAAAGGUCAGCAAAGGUAAAAAGAAAAAAGAUGCACUUAAAAUCCAUCCUAAAAGUAGUUCGGAUGUACCUCAUGAAGAAGAGAGCCCCCCGAGUUCUAAAAAGGUAUCCAAGGCUAACGGCUUGAGCGGGAGCAAAUGGGAAGCGCACAAGCCCGCAUGGCAGACUCCCGGGGAUGCUUUGGAAGAGGGGUUGUUACAGAAGAGCAGUAGCUGUGCUGCAGGACAAAGUGAUAAAGCCAAAGAUUGCAGAAGAAUGCAUGUGUGGAAUGCAGGGCAGUCGAAGAAGAUGGAAAAAAGGGUCUUGUUACCACAAGAACUAAAUAGAGAGUCUCUUGCUGAGAGACUGAAUAAUAUGGAGAGCCAGUUCCAAAGUCCACGCUCUGCCUCGUUCAGUCAUAAACCUCCAUUAAAUGGUGGUGCUCCGCAAAGUCCACCGUGCUUGGAAAAACCGGGCUCCGGCAUACCAGCUUUGCAGCAGGAUUUGCUGUGUGCGAAUGUGAAAUGUACAAAACCAAAAGCAACCAGGAAGACCAUUCGAAUUAGCAGAGCAGCUGACUGUAGUGAGGAACAUGUGCAAAGCAGUACCAGAAUUCCAGAGAGCAAAGCUGAAUGCCAGGCUAAAAAAGGGCAGAAAAGCAAGAAAAAAAUGAGUAAAGAGGGCAACUUCAACCCUCAGAGAAGUGAAGCAGGGACUUCUGGUCCGUGUGUAAAUGUGCAAAGUGUAAACAAAAGCAACGAUAAGGAUUCAUCAAGCAAUACCAAACCUAGCAGGAAAACGUACACUGUGUCUCUUUCUGAUCUUACAGGGAGCUCAAUUCCUGUCCUGCCAGGUUUAAAGGGGGGUGAAAUCACCCGCUCUGAGCAUGUUCCUGAGAGCAAAACUAACAAGAUCCAAAAAGCUCAGAGAACCUCAGCUGUUCAGAGCAAUAAAAAGCGGAGCAGCAGCCCCGUAGAAAAGGUACUGGACGGAGUCCCCAGCAAUACGAACACCUUGAAGGAAGGGGCUGAUUCCAGAUCUAAGACUAAGAGAAAAACCUAUGUUGUUAACCCUCCAGAAGCUCACCCUGAGGGCAGAGAGAGUUUUGCUUCUGAGACUGGAGGUAUAGCAGAGUCUGCAUUCAGUCAGGCUGAUCCAGUGGAACAGAAUUUUCUGCCUGUUACCAUUUUCAAAACUGAGCCAGAUUCCUACCUGGAGCCACCGAUCGGUGAGCCAGGUGGGACGAAUUCCAUGGUGGGAAAUCUAGGCGUUAUUGAUUUCUCCUCUGCAGCCCGUUCUGAAGUUUUGGCCUUCAACCUCUGCAGCAAAAGUCUCCCACGCUUGGAGCCCCCAACUGCUGCAGAGCACAGAAUUGCAGAAAAAUCUUCCACUCUGCCAAAGAGCUCUGCAAUCGUUAAAGAAAAUGACACCGAGCAGACAUUGGGAGGCAGUUGUGGGCGGAAGAAAGCAAAGGCCAGUUCAAAAGACCCUUGCCAAAGUACAGCCUUGCCAGGAAGUGAGAACAAAGCCCUGCAAGAUCUGACCAAUGCCAGCUUUCGGGCAUCGAUCAGUUCAGAAGAGUCUUCGGCACGUCCGACCAGACGGAGGCGGGACCCGGCUUGCUACGCAGAACCGAAACUCAAUAGCAAAUUGAGGCGUGGUGACCCCUUUACAAACACACAGUUCCUGCAUUCCCCUGUCUAUAAAACCAAAAGGAAGAAAAUGACAAAAGAAAAGGAAAAAUCCAAGAGGAUCAAACAGGAAGAAAAUGUCUUCAUGAAUGAUCCACUGCAACAUACAUAAAUUGUCUGUUUUUCAAAAUGAUUAGUAAAUAUUUUUAUUUUUCUGUAGCUAAAAAUCAUCAAAUAUAAUCCCGCAUCACACUAUGAAUCAAUUUGUCUUGUACUUUUGCUGGGACAGUUUGAACUAGCUGGAGAACUUAGAAGGGAGUUUGCAUAAUGUAUUUAUUUUAUUUUUAUAUUGGAAUGCUAAAUAAAGACCAGUCAUUUUACCUUCUAAAAUUCA